AAAACCGGAAGCGGCCCCCCACUCGGUGGCUCCUACGCGGCUAGAAGGUCCGCGGUGUUAGACGGGACGCCGGCUGAGCGCGACCUCAGGGUUAAGGGGUGGGGCUGACGUCAGGAGCCAAGAUGGCGGCGGUGAUCGGACUCUCCUUGAGGCGCCGGUUUCCGGCUACAACCCUUGGCGGAGCCUGCCUACAGUCCUGUAGAGGGGCCCAGACAGCUGCAGCCACAGCUCCCCGGAUCAAGAAAUUUGCCAUCUAUCGAUGGGACCCAGACAAGGCUGGAGAUAAACCUCAUAUGCAGACUUACGAAAUUGAUCUGAAUAAGUGUGGCCCUAUGGUUUUGGAUGCUUUAAUCAAGAUUAAGAAUGAAAUUGAUUCUACCUUGACUUUCCGAAGGUCAUGCAGAGAAGGUAUCUGUGGCUCUUGUGCCAUGAACAUCAACGGAGGCAACACUCUAGCUUGUACCCGAAGGAUUGACCCCAACAUCAAUAAAGUCUCAAAAAUCUACCCUCUUCCACAUAUGUAUGUGAUAAAGGAUCUUGUUCCUGAUUUGAGCAACUUCUAUGCACAGUACAAAUCCAUUGAACCUUAUUUGAAGAAGAAGGAUGAGUCCCAGGAAGGCAAGCAGCAGUAUCUGCAGUCCAUAGAAGAUCGUGAGAAACUGGAUGGGCUCUACGAGUGCAUUCUCUGCGCCUGCUGUAGCACCAGCUGCCCCAGCUACUGGUGGAACGCAGACAAAUAUCUGGGGCCUGCGGUUCUUAUGCAGGCCUACCGCUGGAUGAUUGACUCCAGAGACGACUUCACAGAGGAGCGCCUGGCCAAGCUGCAGGACCCAUUCUCUUUGUACCGCUGCCACACCAUCAUGAACUGCACAAGGACCUGUCCCAAGGGUCUGAAUCCAGGCAAAGCUAUUGCUGAGAUCAAGAAAAUGAUGGUAACCUAUAAGGACAAGAAGGCUGCAGCUUAACUGUUUCUAUGCUAAACAUGACUUGGACCCAGCUCAGAGCUGAACUUAAUUUAUAUCUAAUUUGAGUUCUUUAAAGGUCCUGAUUUUCCUUGAAUACAGCAUGUAUAAUAAAAAUUUUAAAAAUAAAUAAAUGUUAUUCUACUUUAUUAA